AUGAAUAAUACAUCAAUUCUUUUCAAAACUUUAAAGGUUGGUGAAUUGAGUCUUCCUAAUAGAAUAGUAAUGGCUGCAAUGACAAGAAUGAGAUGUGAUAAUAACACAAAAGUUCCUAAUAAUAUGGUUUCAGAUUAUUAUUCAUAAAGAGCAUCUGCUGGACUGAUAUUAACUGAAUGUACAUUAAUUAGUCAAAGAUCUAAUGCAUUUCCUGGAUGUCCAGGAAUUUUAAAUGAAGAAUAAGUAGAAGGAUGGAAAAAAGUUAUAGAAUCUGUACAUAAAAAGAAUGGAAGAAUAGCUUUAUAAAUAUGGCAUAGUGGAAGGGCAACUCAUUCAAAUUUAUAGAAUGGUUUAAUUCCUUGGGCACCAUCCCCAAUUGCUAUAAAUGGAUUAAAUUAUGCUGUUUAAUAACCUCAUGAAAUACCUCAUGAAAUGACAAUUGAAGAUAUCAAAUUAGUGAUAUAAUAAUUUAAAGAAGGAGCUUAUAGAGCCAAAAAAGCUGGAUUUGAUGCAAUAGAAUUACAUGGAGCAAAUGGCUAUUUAGUAGAUUAAUUCUUAAGAAGUCAUUCAAAUAGAAGAAAUGAUCAAUAUGGUGGAUCAGUUGAAAAUAGGUCUAGAUUUUGUCUAGAAAUUAUAGAUGAAUUAGUAUAAGUAUUUGGUAAAGGUAGAGUUGGUAUUAAAGUAAGUCCAACAGGUAGGUAUAAUGACAUGCUAGAUGAAGAUCCAAUUAAACUUUAUUCAUAUUUAUUCAAAGAAUUAGAUAAGCGUUAAAUUGCAUUUAUAGAAAUUAUGAAUAGUAAAGAUGCUGAUAAUUGUUAUGGACAUGGACAUCCAGCAUCUGAAAAAUAAGUUCCUAAUCUAUUAUAAUAAUUAAGACCAUUUUUUAAAGGUGUAAUUAUAGGAAAUGUAGGAUUGACAGCAUAAUUAGCUGCCUAAGGAAUAGAACAAGGACUUUUUGAUGCAGCAAGCUUCGGAACUUUAUAUAUUGGAAGUAAUAUAUAUAUUUAUAGAAUUAGACCCUGAUCUAGUUGAGAGAUUUAAAGAUAAUCUCAAAUUAUCUGAUUCUGAUUCUAAAAAAUAUUUUGGUGGAAAUCACGAAGGUUAUUCUGAUUAUCCAUUUUAUCAAGGAUGAGAAUGAUAAUUAUUGUUAUAUCGUAAAUAUC